CAACACGUGACCGAUACUCAGCACCUAUACCUGGGUAACUUUGAUCACUUCAUCGGCACCGGUAUCAUGGCCAACUCGUGUAUUAUAGACAUAUCUAUUUUCUAUUGCAUUACCACUCAAUUAAUUAGUUACGCUAACUAUCGGUCAGGGAUUAGGCCCCGGGAUCUAAGGGGCUGUGCGUUUUGGUACUGCGGUUCAGAAGGAAUAGGUCCUAAGCCAUUGGCAACCACAAUCCCGACAAUAGCAACUACUACCGAUACUAGUCCGUCCACCAUCACCACUACAAUACACCAUUCCAGUACCAUGCUCAAAUCAACCACUGAACAAACAACAAGUACCCAGCAUGAGACUAGCACCACAAGUAAACCCACAGCUCCUACAUCUACAGAACUUAACCCCAAGGAUCCGGAAACUAAUCGUAAGCUAACCGGUUGGACAAUAGCCGGUAUAGUAAUAUCCAGUUUAAUUGCGGUAAUUAUAUUGCUGUGGUUGGCCUACAAAAAGAUCUGGAAAAUAGGGAGGACUCGCAAUCCCUACCGAUCCCUAAAUGACGAGAAUUAUUAA